GACUCGGCUAUAACUUUAUCGGACGGCUUUUACGUCAUGUACACGCUUCAAAAUUGACCGCUAUCAAGAUUCGCUGUGUCUGCUGGCUUAGAGUCAGCCAUCUGAAGUAGUCUAAAAAUAGUGUUUUGAGAAUACCGAAAACAGUCACUUGUUGACGCAUUCUGGAGAGAGCUUCAACGUUCUCGCAUCAAAGAAAGGUCAAUUUGAUCGGUGAAACAUAGAAGCCUAACGUCUCGCAGGCAUCCAGAUCCGUAGCUGUGCCUGUUUCUACUGAAAAUUGUGUACUUCAUAGGUUCAUGCAGGGUCAUCACAUUGGAGAAAACACCUCAAGCAAUUAAAUGACCUUCCUUGUGUAGUCUUGCUGUGGGGUGACAGCCGCCCAAUAUUUUGCUGGGAUGAGCAGGGUGGCAUGGCAGGAGAUUGCCGACAAGUAUGGGCUUGGCGAUCCCGGGGGGGAGCACAAUGCCCAGCAGCAGCUGGAAGACCUCAAACGCAAGCUCAAGGAAGACAUCCGCAAGGAGCUCAAGAUCAAAGAGGGAGCCGAGAACUUGCGUCGGGCCACCACGGAUCGCAAGAGCUUGGCCCACGUCAACUCCAUUGUGAAAAAAGCAAAUUCUCAACUCUACGACCUCAGGAGGCAACUUAGUGACCUCACAGCCGAUAUUCUUGUCAUGCAAGGACGACCUACGUCAGCUGAGCUGACAUCACAAGAUAGUUUUGAUGGUGAUAGCAAGGUGGACGUUCCGCUUUCAACAGCAGCUCAAAGGAUACAGUCACUGGAAAAACAGCUUAAUAUUGAGCUGAAGGUGAAGCAGGGUGCAGAGAACAUGUUGCAGAUGUACAGCUCUGGUUCCUCUAAGGACAGGAAACUGUUGGCCGAAGCACAACAGAUGUUGGUAGACUCUAAGGCCAAAAUCGAGUACAUACGCAUGAUGAUCAAUCGAGUGCGGCAGAGCAAAGACAUGCCAGCGUUGGACCAAUCCAAUAAUCAUCAUGACUCAGCAGUUAUGUCCCCCUUGGAGCUUCGCAUUGAAGAGCUCAGACACAGGCUCAAGGUGGAAUGCGCCGUCAUCGAGGGUGCCAAGAAUGUCAUCAGGCUCUGCCAGGGCACAUCCAAGAUUACAGACAGGAAGGUUUUCCAAGAGGCUCAGAACAGUCUGGUUGAGUCCAGUGAAAAGCUGGACCUGAUUCGUCGUUCCUUGGAGCUUCGCCGGCUAGAGUUGCCACCUGGUUCACCAAAGGCCGGGGUGUUGAAGCGAGAGCUGGACUCAAGCCAGCUGGCUAGUCCCUACUCACCUUCAAUCACUCAGUACGGAUCCCCCAGUUCUUCUGUUCCCCCUUCCAUAUCUCUCUCCAAGCCAGCCUCUGUUACUGGGCAGCUGCAAGUUAGGUUGAUGGGAUGUCAGGACCUACUGGAAGAUGUGCCGGGACGGUUACCUCGCUCACAGAUUGCUGGGGGAGGAGAUUUACGAAGCAGCAUUGCCAGGGCGACUGGAAAGAGCUUCUCUGGACGUAGUAAUUCACGUUCCUACAGUAUCAAGGAAGAAACUUCCAAUGAAAUAAUGGCAGUAUUAAAGCUAGACAACAUGCACGUCGGUCAGACACAGUACAAACUGUGCAGUCAACAGGCGUGGGACCAGAGGUUCAGCAUAACGCUUGACAGAUCCCGGGAGCUGGAAAUACAGAUCUACUGGAAGGACUGGAGAGGGAUGUGUGCUGUGAAGUUUCUGCGACUAGAAGAGUUCGUAGAUGACGACAGGCAUGGCAUGGCUCUUCAUCUCGAGCCAAAGGGACUUCUGUUUGCAGAGGUCAAGUUCCUGAACCCAAUGAUCUCGAGGAAGCCUCGUUUGCAGCGACAGCGCAAACUGUUUGUUCAGAAAGGUAAAAAUUUCCUGAGGCCAAACCAGAUGAACAUCAACGUAGCUACAUGGAGUCGCUUGAUGAAAAGAGCAAUGCCAACUGGUUGUUCUGACCAGGUAACCACUGUGAGCCCCCAGACGAAUGCCUUUUCUCCCUCUGGUGAUGGUGUGGUGUCUCCGAGCUCGGAUCCCACACUUGACAACCUGGUUGCCACAAAGCUCAACUUUGAAGACUGUGAAGAAGCCAGUCUGACACCUAAGCUGCCGAAACAGGCGGGCUUUGAAAUGGAUGUGCGUAAUGCUUUAGGAGAAUUCGACUUCCUGCAGACUGAGCUUUCGCCCCCUCCAGCAUCUGAUGCAAACUUAAUACCAAAUAUAGCGGGUCAAGCCCCCAACAAUGCCAAGAGGCAUUCACCAACCCCUGAACCUAUUAUUGAAAUGCCACCUGAAGAUGAGGACAUGGCUGAACCCAAAACGGACACAAAUUACUACGAAGGAGUAGAUAGGCCCUCCCUCACGUUAGAAAGCUUCGACUUCAUCAGUGUCUUGGGACGAGGACAUUUUGGAAAAGUGAUAUUGAGCAAAUACAAGAGGACUGGAGAAUAUUUUGCCAUCAAAGCUCUCAAAAAGGGGGACAUCAUUGCACGCGAUGAGCUGGAAAGCCUCAUGGCUGAAAAGAGGAUCUUUGAAGUGGCCAAUUCUGUCCGGCAUCCUUUCCUGGUCAACUUGUUUGCCUGCUUCCAAACAGGGAACCAUGUGUGCUUUGUGAUGGAAUAUGCCUGCGGCGGUGACCUUAUGAUGCAUAUUCACACUGACAUCUUUCCCGAACCACGAGCUGCAUUUUAUGCUGCGUGUGUGGUGCUAGGACUUCAGUUUCUGCAUGAAAAUAAGAUAAUUUACAGAGAUCUGAAGCUCGACAAUCUUCUGCUGGACACGGAAGGCUACGUGAAAAUAGCAGACUUUGGGUUGUGUAAGGAAGGUAUGGGCUAUGGGGACCGUACCGGUACUUUUUGUGGCACUCCAGAGUUCUUGGCGCCCGAAGUGCUUACUGAGACAUCGUAUACCCGAGCUGUUGAUUGGUGGGGACUUGGAGUUCUCAUCUUCGAAAUGCUUGUUGGUGAGUCGCCGUUUCCUGGUGAUGAUGAAGAAGAGGUCUUUGAUAGUAUUGUUCACGAUGAAGUUAGAUAUCCACGAUUCCUGUCGAUUGAAGCAAUAGCUAUCAUGAGAAGGUUACUGAGAAAGAAUCCGGAGAAGCGACUAGGCACAAGUGAGAAAGACGCAGAAGACGUGAAGAAGCAGGCAUUCUUCCGAAACAUACAGUGGGAGGACCUCCUCCUCAAGAAGGUCAAACCUCCCUUUGUGCCGACAGUGAAAUCCCCGGAGGAUGUGAGCAACUUCGACGAAGAGUUCACCUCAGAGCGUCCGAUUUUGACAGCACCAAAGGACCCGCGUUUGCUUUCUCAGGACGAGCAGCAACAUUUUAAAGACUUCACAUACCUUGGUGAUUGGUGCUGAGAGACCCAUUCUCCUCCUUGUGUUUAGAUGUCCCUCCCUCCUGUUCAUAUCUGUUGCCAAAACCAUGAGGUGCGCAGGUUUGGAAUGCGGGUUUACUGCCUUACUAUUAAUAGCUGGCUCAUCUGGAGCUGCAAAGUGAUGAAACAACACAGACAUCUUUCUUUUUAAGGACACCAUGAUGACUUGUUAGAAAACCACGUUAAAACCUCAAAUACAGGGAAUGUUGUUUGUGCUUGUGCUUUUCAGAUACUGUAAGAGGUCGGAAAAGUUGCAGCCUUUUACUUUUUCUUUUAAUGCUUACAACGUGUCUUGCAUUUAUGCGUUGUCGGACUCUGCACACAAAGGACAAGCUACUUUGAAGCUUUCACUGUAUACCUUGUGACAGCGCAGCAUUGUCCAAGUCACGUUCUACUGAGAUAGAUACGUGUUUAGCCUAAUCUCAUAAGAGCCUACUUGUUUUUUUUUACCGCAUUGCUUUGCUGCAGCAGUGUCCUUUGUUAAAGGCACGUUUAAUGUGCAGGACAGGCAAGCAAAGCAUUCACACAUUCAAAUGAAUUGGGGCUCCUGUUUGGGCUGAUCUGGUGGUGCAGACAAGAUAUGUGAUACCAUGUACUACUGCUACUACAGGACAUGUGAAGACAGUGAUACUAGUUGUGAACAAUAUUGGGACGAGAUAUUGCAGUUGUUGGCACCGCACAUGUAUCACUUGGAGCUGUAAUCGUUGUGAUCUUCAUCAAUGACACAGAUGUUCACCAUUCAAUCCGUGUUUAGUUUGCUUUGCCUGUGACACAUGUUGGGCGUGUGCCCGUUUGCUAUCUUCUGCACACUAGCACACUUCUGCAACACAUAUCAGGGAAUGAGCUUUUUGCAACAAUGCCCGUUGACUGUUUUUCUGUUAACAAAAAUAUGUCGAGACACACACACACAACUCGCUGACAGCACUUGCAGUGACCGCACCCACAAAAUUUCACUGGGAUUUUUUUUAAAAUACAUAACGGAAAUCUGCACAUUCUGCAGAAAUUUUGCCCUCAUUAUACUUUUGGUGGUGCUGAUUGCAGAUUGAGUAGGUCACAGGUAACACGUAUGAGGGCAAUGUACUGUGUUCGGUUCCGUUUGUUGGGCACGAUAUUUUUUUUUUAAGCAUACAAAUCACUAGUGUGUGGCUAGAUCUGUGUAGGGAGGAACUGUAUAUAACAAUAAAAUUUAGGUGGUUUUUAGUCUUCAAUACUCAGAUUACUAGAUCCAUGAGGAAGAAACUGUUUGUCACUUUACAGCACAUGAUGUUAGCGGUUGUUCAAUAUGAGCACUGUCCUGCACAUGUGUCUUUGUUUCAGGAUAUGCAAUUGUAUGGCUUCAGUCUCAUCAUGAACAUGUUCAUGGUGCAAAAUUUCCCCUAUUUAUGUCAUUUCACUACCAUACUGUUCCAUUUCUGCUGUGUCUGAUGUUUGUUACGUUGUCUGUGUCGUUUGGAAUGCUGAAGAUAUUUAUACGCAUUUUGAAGAGUGGGGCUCUACUCAGUUUUCUCUGUAGGAUGCUGUUUGAGGAUUGUGAUCAAAUUUUUUUAUUUUUUUUUCGUUUUUAGUGCUUUUUGGAGCUGUGUGCAGCUUUUUUUUUUUCUCCUUCCUUCUUUUUGCAGUGUGUUUGGAGGCCUCAGUAGAGCUGUCAUUUCGCGGUAGAGGCCUCGUUUUGCUGUCAAAUUUUCAGGGUUCAUGGCCAACUGCUCUGCGUGUACAUACUGUCCUACAACGGCUUUGUCGAGCAGUAGUUUGAAGGGUUGUUUUGUAAUGCAAUUCAGUAAUGGCUGGCUAGGAGUGGCGGUACCAGCCCGGUCUGUCCAGCAAUGUCGAACACAUAUUUGGAGGUAUUUAAAUAUUUCAUAGUUGCAUCUGCAAAGGAACUCUAUUUUAUAUAAUGGAAUACUAUUGUGCCAACAGUUUUACAGUGUGAUCCUAGCAGAAAGUGCUUCCAUCAUCGCAUGCCCCCAUGAGAGUUACAUCUGAAACAAUUCUGAGCAGCGAAACACAUGUAAAUUCUUAGCCAAUAUCUUGCACAUUGUCCUUUUAUCAAGAUGUCCAGGAUGCUGUGGGCUUUUGUAGGGAAAACUUACUUAGAAAGGCACUGAAGUGCACAGAUUUCUCCCAGUGGAAUUGAAAAAGCUGUUACCUGUACAGUAAUACAAAAAGAGGGCCGAAUUAACUUGUUGUGUAAAGGAAACCUCUUUUCUCCUUCCCAAGAGGUGUGGGGUAAAUUGUCUGCAGGGAGUGACGAGAGACACUGCACCUCUUGACAGGGAGAGAAGCACUGAAGCGUAAAAUUGUGACUUGUUUCGUGCUUAAAUCACAAACGAUACAACAGAUGAAUUCUGUUCCUUCUGUGUUGCUGCCUACGUAGCAGCAUCUUUCACUUAUGCAAGGAGAAAUUUUGGCACUGCCCUGUUCUAAUGCAGCUGCCGAUUGUUAAGUCUUCCGUUUUAUUCCAGAAGCGUUUACUGUGAGUAGGUAUUUUUUUUGAAAACCCUGCAGAAUAAAAAUACUAAUUAGA